AUGUUCCCCCUCUCUCAGAAGGAAGCCAGGGCACCUUCCACUUGCCCAGGACCAGCCUCCACACAGGACCUGAACAAUGGCUGCAGCAAGGGUCCAGAGAGAGAAUGUUCCAGUAAACCAGAGCAGAAGACCUAUGACGUGGGUGAUCCCACCGCUGCGUUCUCCUCGGGCAGCUCCUACCUGUCCUCUCGGGGCAGCGUCAUUAAGUGGUUCUGGGACUCAGCCGAGGAGGGCUACCGGACCUACCACAUGGACGAGUAUGAUGAAGAUAAGAACCCCAGUGGCAUCAUUAACAUGGGCACCAGUGAGAACAAACUCGUCUUUGACCUGAUAUCCAGGAAGUUGAGCGAGAGCGCCACGCGGCGGGUGGAGCCGUCCCUGCUACAGUACCCUGACUGGAGGGGGCACCUGUUCCUCCGGGAGGAAGUGGCCAGAUUCCUGUCUUUCUACUGCAAGAGCCCAGCACCGCUCAAACCAGAGAAUGUGGUUGUUCUGAAUGGCUGCGCCUCCCUCCUCUCUGCCCUGGCCACGGUGCUGUGUGAGGCCGGGGAUGCCUUCCUGAUCCCGACCCCUUUCUACGGAGCCAUCACACAGCACAUCUAUCUCUAUGGCAACGUCCGACUGGUGUAUGUCUACCUGGACAGUGAGAGCACUGGACCAGACACACGUCCCUUCCAGCUGACAGUGGAGAAGCUGGAAAUGGCCCUGCAGGGAGCUCGUUCUGAGGAUGUGACAGUCAGAGGCCUCAUCCUUAUCAACCCCCAGAACCCUCUGGGUGACAUCUACACCCCAGCAGAGCUGCAGGAGUACCUGGGAUUCGCCCAGAGGCACAAGCUGCACGUGGUUGUGGAUGAGGUCUACAUGCUGUCAGUGUUUGAGGAGUCAGCCACCUACCACAGUGUCCUGAGCCUAGAAAGGCUUCCUGACCCCCAGAGGACCCACGUGAUGUGGGCGACCAGCAAGGACUUCGGGAUGUCUGGGCUCCGCUUUGGCACGCUGUACACAGAAAACCCAGAUGUGGCCAGUGCCGUGGCUUCCCUCUGCCGCUACCAUGGCCUCAGUGGCCUGGCCCAGUACCAGAUGGCGCAGCUGCUCCGGGACCAAGACUGGAUCAGCCAAGUGUACCUGCCGGAAAACCAUGCCCGCCUCAAGACUGCCCACACCUACGUCUCAGAAGAGCUCCGGGCCCUGGGGAUCCCCUUCUUGUGUCGGGGGGCAGGCUUCUUCAUCUGGGCUGACCUGAGAAAGUAUCUGCCUGAGGCCACCUUUGAGGGGGAAAUGAUGCUUUGGCGCCAGUUUUUGGAGAACAAAGUGCUGCUGUCCUUUGGCAAGACCUUCGGGUGUAAAGAGCCUGGCUGGUUUCGCUUCAUCUUCUCGGACAAGGCCCACCGCCUCCACCUGGGCAUGCAGAGGGUCCGGCAGGUGCUUGAGAGCAAACCCCAGGUGGCAGAGGACCCCCCUAACUCUCAGACGCAGGACAAAGGCAGCAGCCAGCCGAGAGGAGCUGGUUGUUGA